AUGACGCGCCUUCCUUUGCCUAUCCCCGCUCCUAUUGAUCCGGACUAUGUGCCACGAUGCACCUUGAAAACCCUUCCGGCAACCACUCCGAUCGAGUACAUCCUUGCUCAGCUGGAGCGCGAUGGCGCGGUGAUCCUUCAAGAUCUUGUGUCGCCGCAGGAUCUCUCUGCUAUCAACGCGGACCUAGAGCCUUGGAACGGCAGGCUGGCCCGUCAGCCAGCCGAGGGCGAGGUAAGCAGCAGCGGCGAUGCGUUCACGACGAUCCCGGCGCAAACCACCCUGGUGCCAGGACUGGUGGGCAAGUCGCCGACGGUCGCUCGGAUUUGCGAGCUGCCUGUGCUAGAAGCUCUACGGCAGCGCAUCUUGCGCGAGGAAUUCACGGUUAACCGCGAGGGUCAUAUGGAACCCAAUGCCAUUGACCCGCUCCUUAGCCUGAGCGUGUCGAUGAACAUCGGAUACGGGGCCCCGCGACAGCUGCUGCACCGCGACGAUAAUGUUCACGGCGUACGACAUGGCCGCCAUGGCCCCUGGAGCUUCACACAGGCCAGCCAGUUUGGAUGCCUCAUCGCGGGAUGUCAAGUAAGUCGGCAAAAUGGGGCUACGAUGGUGAUCCCGGGAAGCCAUAAGUGGGAUGACGAGAAGGAGGCGAGUGAGGAUCAGGUCUGCUUUGCUGAAAUGUCGCCGGGAUCCGCGUUGAUCUUUCUUGCGUCGACGUACCAUGGCGGAGGACACAACUCGAUUCCGGGGUCGGUCCGAACAAUGCAUGGCUUGUUCUUCAUUCGUGGCACUCUUAGGACUGAGGAAAACCAGUUUUUGGCUGUCCCGCGAAGCAAGGCAUGCCAGAUGAGCCCCAAGAUGUUGGAGUUGCUGGGGUAUCGAAAGCCCACCACGGCGCUGGGGAUCGUGGAUAAUACGAGCCCGGAUGAGGAUGUGACUGGCAUCUGGGAGAGGGCAACCCAGUGA